CGGCGGGAGGAGACGUGGGAGGGAAAGGGGAAUGGCCUAAAUCCGGCCAACAGCGGGCUCAAGUCACAGCGGGCUCGGCACAGCACGGCGCGGAUCGGCUCGACACGGCGCGGCUGCGAUGGAACCGCGGGGCUGUGGAUUUCUGUUACUGUCCCUUCAUAUUCUGAGAGCUGUUACUGCAUUGGAGGAGAAGAUUGUCAUCAGUAAACGUGGAGAUAAUGCUACACUGAGUUGCAUUUAUCCAGGAAAAGAAUUCAGCUUGAAUAAUCUACGGGUAUACUGGCAAAUAGAUGAUGAUCAAGAGCAGUGUUCAGUAGUACAUGCGCUGAUCUCCGGUCAAGACAAUGAAAGUGAACAAUGUAUUCACUUUAAAAACAGGACUCAGUUAUUGUGGGACAGACUGGGAGAAGGCGAUUUUUCUCUGCUACUACUAAAUGUCAGCCAGAGCGAUGAGCGCAAGUACAAAUGUGUAGUGCUGCAGACAAACGAAUAUACCAAAGUAGUUCACCAGGCAAAAGUGGUUCUCAGCUUAGCAGCUAGUUACAGCCAACCAAUACUCAGUGGACCAGUAAGAAACAGUAACAGCAAUGGAGAAGAAGUGACUUUCAGCUGUAGUUCUGACAAUGGGUACCCGGAACCGAAUGUUUACUGGAUAAAUAGAACAGACAACAGCCACUUGCUUCCAUCAGAGUUAAACAUCACCCCCCAUGACGAUGGCACUUACAGUGUUCUUAGCACACUGAAGGUUAAAGCAACUUCUGAUAUGCAAAUAGAGUGCUUCAUAGAAAAUAAAAGACUACAGGAAAAUAUAUCAGCCAACUACACACAGGAGAAGCGAAAUAAUGGUUCUAAUACAGAAAGUCACAAAGACCUGGAAAAAAGUGGACGAGGUGCUCAAGCAGCUGGCAUCAUUUCUAUUGUAAUUCUGAUAGCUCUUCUAGCUGUGUUAAUCUGCUGGCUGUGGAAACAUCGGUCCUCCAAACUAGUGUCAUACACAGAUGUCCAACCAAAUGAAGACAACAGAAAACUCAACUCACCUGUCUAAAGAGAAGGUCUGCCAGCAAUUUGGGCAGCUGGAGGUGUGUCAAGAGGAGCAUCACCCUCUAUCUCAGCAGCAGCAUUACUUGUAAUACAAGUGGCAUAUUUCUGCAGUGUGCGAAGAUUGAUGGCAAAAAGCUUCUCCAACAAAGAGAAAGCAAAAUCUGUUGGAUUUCUGUUCCAACCAGCCGUUACGUCUCCACACCAGCUAACCACUUUGGACAGUCCAUCAGCAUUUUGAGCUCCUGAACUGGGGAAAGCAGUAAGCCUACGACUUAGGUACUCUGUGCCAGAGCACUGAAAGCUGAUGAGCACCCAGUCUGUUGUCAUCACCAUUGAGGAAUUUGUUACAAGGAGAAGCAACCAUGUUUCAGGAGCAUGGGAAGUUCUCUCUUCCCACAGAGCUUCCUUCUCCUUAACCUAACGAUGACUACUGAAUGUGAAGAGAGGCAGCUAAAAAUAAAAUAAAGUAACUGAAGGACUUUCUGCAAAUGGAGACUGUGACUUUUUCCACCUUUCACUCUCUACAGUACAUCCUUUCAUUGUUUGGUUUCACCAGAUGCAUGUUAUUGUGUACAGAAAUAGCUAUAGCAUUUUGACCAAGCCAUACCGAAAUGUGCAUUGCUAUGACAGGGUUAAAUACUGAAUGUAUUAACAGAAGGAAACCUUCUAGAUGAAAUUGAUAUUAAAAUUUUAUUAUUUACCAAAUACUCCACCGAAAAGGGGACUUCCACUUUUGACAGAAGCUGUUGCUUACUGCAUGAAAGAACAGUCUAUGGAAAUCAGAAUGAUUAAAAACAAUGCUCUCCACUAUGUUAAUGUCAGGUUACCUGAACACAACCCUUUCUGAACGGCUGAACGGAACAAAAUCUAUAGUCAACUUGUGUUCAGUUCAGCUGGUUGUUAUUUAAGACCAGCAGCUUCCAGAGAAUUUUUUUUUAAACUUAAUUUCUCCGUACCUCUCCUUGUUUCUCAUCCCUCCACUAAAGAAAAAGGAGUGCAGACUGUAUCACUGUGUUGUCCAUGCAUGUUCUCAAUUUCUCCAUGGCUAAAGCAAGUGAAAGGGAAAGAAAGCCAAGAACUGCACUUUCUUUUGCCAGCAACUGUGCCUCACUGGGUCAGCAUUGAUUCAGCCAGGAGCAAAAUGGAUGAAAAUAGCAAUGGAACUUUGUAGAUUUUGAAGGAGGAUUAAUCUAUAUUAGUUCUUCUUUGGGUGGGGCACUUCUUGCCAGCUUGUUGGGGCAGGUGCUGGUGAUGAUUUUAAAACUGAGACCGGGCUUCUUCUGCGCUAGUUGCUAGACUAAAAUUCUACCAUUUUUAUGAGUAAGUCACAGCCUUGUUUGUCCUAGCUCUGCAUAGAGAAGUCCCUCCAGUGUCAACCAUGAGUUAGGAUGUUAUUUUUAAGAUCAGCUUUCAAAUCUGAGUGAAGUAAAGAUUAAUUUUGUUGUCUUUUUAUCCCAUCACACAAAAUCCCAAGACAUUUGGGAAUAAUUCCAUUAUCUUUUGUUGAAACAAUUCCCCCGCAUAGGCUCAGGGUUUGGUAACUGCAUACCACCACUGUGUCAGUAUUUGGUGGGAGUCUCACAGGCUCAGCCUCUAUGGCAUUUAAGUCAGUUUAGCUCUCAUUUGAUGCAAUCCAGGCUUAUUCACCAAUUUAAAUAGUAUAAAGAAGUUAAAGAAAAGCCAAGCUACAACUGAGUAAUUAAGAUCCUGUUUAGAUUGCAAGUAGCCAUGUACAGAAGUGUUUUUAAAGAUGUUUUCUCUGUUAACGUUAAAAAAAAUGUAUUGUGUAUUUGCUAACUUCGAAUGUCUGUGAAACUACUCUGUUUUAUUUAUUAAUUCCAUGUUUGUCCUGUGUUAUCUUCCAAUCUACAAGUGUAACAUAUGCCAUCAGUUACGGCAUUUAGCUCACAGUGUUUGUCAGAUAAAGUAACUUACAACAUCUCAGUAAUAUUUAGUGUCAGCUUUUUCUCAUCUCCUCCCUUUUCCAUUAAUCUGUUAGAUAUCUAUUGAGUCCAUAUCUAGUCUUCAGUAAACCCUAAAUGAAAUUUGCCUGAAGACAGAAUGCCAGCUUUCAGACGCCUUAAAAAUGUGACUGUCGCCUAUGCCGAUGUUAAGGGUAGCCAUUUCCUAGUGGUUCAGUGAGAUGUUUCCUCACUCUUUAUCAUAUGAAGUUGUUUUGUGCAGCCUCUUUGGUGCUCUUAGAACUGACAGAAGCCUUUUCUAAAAAUAGGUUUCCUUUUUAUAUUCUGUCUGUGCAAGAAGCUGUAGCUGUUCAGAGAUGUAAGUGACCCCUGUAUGUUAUUGAGCUAAUCAGACCAGAAGGGGUUCUUAUUUCUGGACUACUUCAUGGUGCAUAGUGAACACAUCUAAAUGCAACAGCUUGCUCUUGCAAAAUCCAUGCUUUCAAUUGGUUUGGGUUUCCAGCUAUUUUUGGAGGUGAGUAAAUCCUAGAUGACAGUUGUUUGUUACCAUUCAAAGGACUUGGAAAUUCUGUAGUAACAGGUUUUUUCAUCACAUACUAUGUUUAUAUGUUUUAAAUAAAAUCUGUUAAGUCUCCUUAA